AUGCUUUAUCACACGCCUUGGUGUCCGUCUUACCUCCUGUCCACACAGCAGCAGAGACUGAUCAACUCGGCCAAUGGUGUGAGCAGCAAGCCGCUUCAAAACGGGAGGCACGAGAACAUUGAGAACGGGAAUGUUCCUGUGGAAAACCCCGAAGACCCUCAGCAGAAUCAGGAGCAGCAGCCGCCGCCACAGCCACCACCGCCGGAGCCAGAGCCGGCGGAGGCUGACUUCCUGUCCCCCUUCUCCAUGCCGGAGGCCAGAGGGGACAAGGUCAAGUGGGUGUUCACCUGGCCCCUCAUCUUCCUCCUGUGUGUCACCAUUCCCAACUGCAGCAAGCCCCGCUGAGAGAAGUUCUUCAUGGUCACCUUCAUCACCGCCACGCUGUGGAUCGCUGUGUUCUCCUACAUCAUGGUGUGGCUGGUGACUAUUAUCGGAUACACACUUGGGAUCCCAGAUGUCAUCAUGGGCAUUACUUUCCUGGCAGGAGGGACAAGUGUUCCAGACUUCAUGGCCAGCUUAAUUGUGGCGAGACAAGGUAUGGAUUAUGCCCCAGCCCUCAUAGUCAUGCAGUGCAGGCCACUGUGUCCUCGUCCCUGCCUGGCUUACAGUUGACCAAGUUGUGGCUCUUAUGACUGGCAGUUGUCAAGUCCUGCUAUGGAGAAAAAAUGCGACAUCUAGAAAGCAUCAUUUAUUAGAUUCCAUCCACAGAGAGAAUGCUACCAAGAUGAACUCCUCCAGACCUCUAUCUAGAAGCUUUUGCUAGUGUGGUUGUAUAAAAACAAAAAUGUUCUGAGGUCAGCAGUCAAUGUGAGAUUGAACAGAGGCCAAGCCCAGACUUUAUACAGCAAAUGAGCUAAUAACAAGAAACAUUCUGGUCCCAGAAAGGCAAAGCACUGGCAUCCUAUACAUCCAACUCCCCCAUUCUUCUUCUGAUCUCUAGAACGUGUAUAAUGUUUUGGUUUGUUUGGUGGUUUUCGUUUUGGGCUUACUACAUGGCAUGGGCUGAGCAACACAAGGAGUGAGUGUAUGAGCUUUGAUGGUGGAACAAAAGAGCUGUAACAAGUGCUGGUUUUACUGACUUCUCCUUUUCUGCUAGCCAGGUAGCAUCCCAGCAUGGACAUCCACAGAUCUUCCUCACAGCACAGAGUUUGAAAGUAUAGGGAUGGGGAUGGGUGAAUAAUGGCGCAAAAUCUCACAGGAGACAGGAGAAGAGAACAGUGCCCAAAGAGAGAGGUUGGCUUUGG